GCCCAGUCUCCCAAGCUCCUUUGCGGGUAAACAGACAUGGCCGACGAGGGAGAUCACCCGGACGCUGCGCACAACAUGGGCAACCACCUGCCGCUGCUGCCUGCAGAGAGUGAAGAUGAGGAAGAUGAAAUUGAAAUGGAAGUCGAAGACCAGGAUAGUAAAGAAGCCAGAAAACCAAACAUCAUAAACUUUGACACCAGUCUGCCAACCUCACAUACAUAUCUGGGAGCUGAUAUGGAAGAGUUUCAUGGGAGAACUUUACAUGAUGAUGACAGCUGUCAGGUAAUUCCAGUCCUUCCGCAAGUGAUGAUGAUCCUGAUUCCUGGGCAGACGUUACCACUGCAGCUGUCUCAUCCACAAGAAGUCAGCAUGGUGCGGAAUUUAAUUCAGAAAGACAGAACCUUUGCGGUUCUCGCAUACAGUAAUGUGCAGGAAAGGGAAGCCCAGUUCGGAACGACAGCAGAGAUAUAUGCUUAUCGAGAAGAGCAGGAGUUUGGAAUUGAAGUAGUGAAAGUGAAAGCAAUUGGACGGCAGAGGUUCAAGGUCCUUGAACUUAGAACACAGUCAGAUGGAAUUCAGCAAGCUAAAGUGCAAAUUUUGCCAGAGUGUGUGUUGCCGUCAACAAUGUCUGCAGUUCAGCUAGAAUCACUCAAUAAGUGCCAGAUAUUUCCUUCAAAACCUGUCUCUUGGGAAGACCAGUAUUCAUGUAAAUGGUGGCAGAAAUACCAGAAGAGGAAGUUUCACUGUGCAAAUCUGACUUCAUGGCCUCGUUGGCUGUAUUCAUUAUAUGAUGCUGAAACAUUAAUGGAUAGAAUAAAGAAACAGUUACGUGAAUGGGAUGAAAAUCUCAAAGAUGAUUCUCUUCCUGCAAAUCCAAUAGACUUUUCUUACAGAGUAGCUGCUUGUCUUCCUAUUGAUGAUGUGCUGAGAAUUCAACUCCUUAAAAUUGGUAGUGCUAUUCAACGACUUCGCUGUGAAUUAGAUAUCAUGAAUAAAUGUACUUCCCUUUGCUGUAAGCAAUGUCAAGAAACAGAAAUAACAACAAAGAAUGAAAUAUUUAGUUUAUCCUUGUGUGGUCCAAUGGCAGCAUAUGUGAAUCCUCAUGGAUAUGUACAUGAGACACUGACUGUGUAUAAAGCUUCCAACCUGAAUCUGAUAGGUCGGCCUUCUACAGUACACAGCUGGUUUCCUGGGUAUGCAUGGACCAUUGCCCAGUGUAAGAUUUGUGCAAGCCAUAUUGGAUGGAAAUUUACAGCCACCAAAAAAGACAUGUCACCUCAAAAAUUUUGGGGGCUUAACUCGCUCUGCUCUGUUACCCACAAUUCCAGAAACUGAAGAUGAAAUAAGUCCAGACAAAGUAAUAUUAUGUUUGUAAGUUCAUUCAUUGUAGGGAUGACUUCCUAACAAAGUGUAUUCUCAAGUCAGAUCUGCCCCAGACACUAUUGCCUCUGAUGUAUGUGUAUAGUGGUCACAGCAUUUGACUACCUUGUUCAGAGGAUGAAAAAGCAUCACAAAACACACAGUUGGGUUCAGAACUAUCUGCUUUAGUAACUUGGUGCCAUUCAUUAUCCUGUUGAAUGCGUGUCAUUGAGGGUUAGAAAACACGUUUGAGGUGAUGACAAUGGCUGUGGGGAUAAGGGCACCACUGCUCUAAAUGAUUAAUAUUCCAGAAGCUAGGUUGGCAAGCACAAGACAGGCAAGGCAGUGUAUAUUAUUUUGAAAAGAACAAAGUCCUUUUAAUUUUCUUUAGCUUGUCUAAGAUACUGAUUUGUAAAUUUUGAAAAUAUUAAAGAGUAAAAUAAGCAGUUUGAACAGAAAAAAUAGCAUUUUGUGUAUUUGCACUAUUUAUUUGUAAGACUCCUUUAAAUAGUAUAUGUGCAUUUUGCACUUUAAGUUAACAGUAUAUAUAUUUCUGGGAUUAUAGCCUUUAGCAUAUAAAAGUUAAAGUAAUUGAAGGGCAUCUUUAAAUAAAACUGACCAAAACUAA